CACCAGAAUGAGGAACCAGAACCACCUCCCUCUCGGGGUCUGGGCCAAGUGGGUCGUGGAGAGUAUCCCCCUGUCGUGUGAGCUCACGUGUGUCUCCAUGGCAAUGAUUCCUGGUCACAUGACUAGUCAUGUGAUCUUGGUAUUUCCAUGGCGAUGAAGAGCACACACUGAGACAAAGAUCACAUCUGACGUUAGAUUCCUGACAGGGUGAGUGUUGUAGAUGACUUGUUCCAGAAGUUUCUGAUGGCUCUCAUUGUUAUCAACUCAGUCUCCAUUGGAGUGCAGGGAGAGCUGCCUCUGUCAGACCACCCAGGGAUGGUAGUCUUGAGGGAAUUCCUCAACUUCAUCGAUGCCUUCACAGUCAUCGUCUUUUCUCUGGAGAUCCUCCUCAAAUGGACCGACAAUUUCUCUGCCUUCUGGAGAGAUUCCUGGAACGUUUUUGACCUCAUCGUUACAGUUCUGUCUGCAGUACCUCUAGCAGUGGAGCCAUUCAUUGGGAGCGGG